AUGAGCACGCAAGAAUCUGCAGCCAAGCGAACCAAGGUCGAUGGUCAAGAACACAUUAUCACGCACAGCGGCACGUUCCAUGCCGACGAAGCGCUUGCCGUCAACCUUCUCCGCAAGCUGCCUCGCUUCGCCUCUGCGCGUCUCACUCGCACGCGCGAUGCGGCCACGAUCGAGAGCGGCUCGAUCGUCGUCGACGUAGGUGCCACCUAUGACGCUGCCAACCACCGCUACGAUCACCAUCAACGUGGAUUCGAAGAGGUGUUCGAUGCCGAUCACUCGACCAAGCUCUCGUCUGCCGGUCUCGUGUGGAAGCACUUUGGUCAAGAGAUCAUUGCUACCCACCUACAACUCGAUGCUGCAGCUCAAAAGGAGGUGGUCGACUUGCUCUGGCUGAAGCUGUACGAUGAUUUUGUCGAGGCAAUUGACGGUAUCGACAAUGGCAUUUCGCAGUACCCUUCGGACUUGAAGCCAAAAUACAAGAGCAGGACGGACCUGAGCGCUCGGGUAGGAUAUCUGAACCCGAGCUGGAACGACAAGUCGGACAACGCCGAACUCGACGCUCGAUUCGAAAAGGCUAGCGCCAUGGCUGGCAACGAGUUCUUCGAGCGUCUCGACUAUACUUUUAACGCGUGGCUGCCCGCACGACAGGUGGUGGUGGAUGCGCUCAACAAGCGAAGCCACCCGCAGCUACUGGUGUUUGACCAGUAUGCCAGUUGGAAAGAUCACCUGUUUGAGCUCGAGAAGAACCUCAACAUUGCGCCCACGGAACGCCCCAUCUACGUUGUCUAUCCGGAUGAGAGUGGCAAGUGGCGGGUACAAGCGGUGCCGGUCUCGGCGGAAUCGUUCGUCUCGCGCAAGGCUCUGCCCGAACCGUGGAGAGGAAUUCGCGAUCAGCAGCUGAGCGAGCUGACCGGGAUCCCCGGAUGCAUCUUUGUACACCAGUCCGGAUUCAUCGGUGGUAACGCGACGCAGGAGGGUGCGUUGCGAAUGGCCAAGGACGCAUUGGCGCAUACCGGCGUUGCGUUUAUUCACAGUGCUCCUGUGGGUGGUGAAACGGACGGUCACAGCCACAGCCACAGUCACAACCACGAUCACGGACACACGCACGACAUUAUGGACCAUCCGGGAAAAUUCAACGAUCGUGAACUGCCCAAUUACGAGAACCGCAACUGGGACGAGCGAGCGUUUACGGUGGGUAUUGGUGGACCGGUUGGAUCUGGCAAGACGGCGCUGCUACUUUCGCUGUGUCGCAAGCUUCGUGAUCGAUACAACCUGGCAGUUGUGACCAACGAUAUCUUUACGCGCGAAGACCAGGAGUUUCUGCGCAAGCACUCGGCGCUCUCGCCUGAAUCCAAGAUCCGAGCGAUCGAGACCGGAGGUUGCCCGCACGCUGCGAUCCGCGAAGACAUUUCUGCGAACCUGGAAGCGCUUGAGCAGCUGCAGGCUGAAUUCGAGACGCAACUGCUGUUCGUCGAAUCCGGCGGUGACAAUCUAGCUGCGGCGUAUUCGGUUGAACUUGCCGACUUUCACGUGUACGUGAUUGAUGUGGCUGGAGGAGACAAGGUUCCGCGCAAGGGCGGUCCGAGUAUCACGCAGAGCGACGUGCUUGUGAUCAACAAGAUCGAUCUGGCCGAACAGGUGGGUGCCGAUCUCGCUGUCAUGAAGCGCGAUGCCGAUAGGGUCCGCGAUGGCGGCCCUACGGCGUUUACUAGUGUCAAGCUGGACCAGGGCGUCGAUGCGGUGGUCGACCUGAUCUUGAGUGCAAGGCGCAUUGCCGGUGCUGACAAGGCUGGUAAGCCUGUCACUGCACAGCAAUGA